GGUAUUUUCAAGAUGGCGCUGGACCGUGGCCGGAAUGCCGCCGCCGCUGCUGCUGCAAACGGCUGAACGUUGAGGAUUUAAUUAAUCUUCCGGCGACAUUAAACUCCGCACCACCGGGGACAGAUUCUCAUCUUGGACGGCCGAAAUGAGCGUGUUACUCCCGGUGCGAGGCAGGUAACGCUGUGGUAUCGCUGGCUAAAAAAAAUGGUAGCCCCUUCCUCCAAGAACAACAAAACCUGCUGCUGCGGAGCUCGGCCGACGGGGCUGCAGGAAUUCACGCCCGGGGCCGCGGCUCGCCUGGCGGACUGAGCUGUCAUGGAGACGACGACGGAGAACGGAGGGUCGUUAGCCGUCGACCUGAACGAGAACGAAGAAGAAGCAGGGGGAGACGGAGCGGGGAAAUCGGGUCACACCGCACUCAAAGACCGCAGCUUGGCCCUGCUAGCCGGUGUCAGCGGGGGUCAGGAGGCCGGCAGGGGUCGUAUUUAUGUGACAGGUAACGGGAGGAAUGUAAACAGAGACGCCCCCGGACAGCCGGCCGCACACGGCAGGAACAUCAUGCUGGACCUGGUGGCGGCGGAGAGCUACCUCCCUGGCCGCCUGAUUGACAGCUGUGUGAUUUCGGGGGGUUGCGGCGACCACGGCGGCCUGAACGGAUUUACUGAGUCACUCGGUCAGGAGGAGCCGCCGAUGGCCGGAGGAGGGGAAGCAGCAGCGGCAGCAGCAGGAGGAGGAGGAGGGACCGCAGACGCUUCCUGCCCAGCUGUGUGCGGGGGUCGAGUUUCAGCCGAGACGGACCCGCAGAUGCACCCCGCGGGACAGACCGGAGGGGGAACCCAGGGCACCGGACAGGAGGUAAAGGAGGGUGGCUGUAACAGGAUUUCUCUGCCAUGCUCGGGGAAGCACCGGCGGAACUGCGCUUGCCCAGAGGCGGCUCUCUGUCCGGAUGUAAACAUGCCCAACGGGGGUGCUGACAGCCCGGGGCACGGCGCUCCGGAGGGGGACACUGCUUAUAGUAAACACGCCGGGCUGUUUUCCAGCCAGCUGCUGGGUCAGAGACUCGGUUUAUGCGACGUGGACUGUGAGGAAGUGAAAGUAGCCAACGGUGGUUUGCACAUCGUGAACACCGCGACAUGUGACUCUCCAGACUCCGACAACAACACCGACAUUCAUCCGGAGAGCAGGCGAGAAAAAGAGGCCGGGUCUGGGUGCUGUCGGAGCGGGCAUCUGGCCUCUCGGUGCCCGGGGGAGGAUGUGCCAGAUGCGGCUGAGCUCCUCCACCUUCCCGACCCCUCCAAGGACUCCCUCAACCCGGGAUCAAGUGCCAAACCGCCCUCGCCCUGCCCCUCCAGCCCGCUGUCCGAGCCCACCACCAGGGAGGACGAGGAGGACUUCAGUGACCUCAAUUUACCCGCCAGGCCGCAGAGUCUGAGGACUAUCCCCAACCUUGCGGUGUCCCUGAGCUGCGAUGCCACCCCGCUGUCCCCCGACGAGGAUGGGGGCUUUUAUUUCGGAGACGAGUGCUACGAGGAGGACUUCAGGACGGUUCUGGAGGCGGGUCGCAGGCAGAGCGCCCCGGACAAGCUGCCGGACCUGACCGAGCAGACGGACGGCUCGGACCCCAAGCUGAUGCCAAAGAGGUUCGGCAUCGCUGAUUUCUUCACCAGGAGCCUGUUUUCUAGGAAAUCCAAAGAGCCCAAGGCGACGUCCCACAAUGCAACGGGGUGGCGACUGUUCGGCAAGACGGCAGCCAGAGAGGGUGAUUCGAGUAAAGACCUCGCCUCCACGCCGACCGCACAGGAGUUUGCUCAGCAGGAGCAGGAGACGGACUUGGGCGUGUCCUCGUGUCUGGAGCGCCCCCUGGCUGCAGGGAGGAGGAAGAACCUGGAGUUUGAGCCUCUUUCCACCACAGCACUCAUCCUGGAGGACCGGCCAGCGAAUCUGCCUGCCAAGUCUACGGAGGAAACUCAGAGACACAAACUGGAGUACGAGGAGAUGGUGGCAGGAGCCAAGAGGAGAGAGCUUAAAGAAGCCCAGAAGAAGAAGCGUCAGAUGAAGGAGCGUCACAGACAGGAGGACAGCAUCUCCAACGCCAUGGUCAUCUGGAACACCGAGAUCCUGCCUCACUGGGACUCCAUGAAAGGCACGAGGCGGGUCAGAGAGCUGUGGUGGCAGGGACUUCCACCCAGCGUCAGAGGGAGAGUGUGGAGCCUCGCUAUCGGCAACGAGCUGAACAUCACACCAGAGCUCUACGAGAUCUUCCUGUCCAGAGCCAAAGAGAAGUGGAGGAGUUACAGUGAGACCAGUUCAGUCAACGACAGUGAGAGCGAUGGAGGGGCAUCACUGGCUGACAGAGAAUCAAGUCUGGACCUCAUCAAACUGGACAUUUCCAGAACCUUCCCCUCGCUCUUCAUCUUCCAGAAGGGCGGUCCAUAUCAUGACCUCCUCCACAGUGUCCUGGGGGCUUACACCUGUUACCGACCUGACAUUGGAUAUGUCCAGGGAAUGUCGUUCAUUGCUGCUGUGCUCAUCCUCAACCUGGAGGAGGCCGAAGCCUUCAUCACCUUCGCCAACCUGCUCAACAAACCCUGUCAGAUGGCCUUCUUCAGAGUCGACCACGAACUGAUGUUGAAGUAUUUCUCAGCCUUUGAGAUUUUCUUUGAGGAGAACCUGCCUCGUCUCUUCAGCCAUUUCCAAACCAACAACCUGACCCCCGACCUCUAUCUGAUUGACUGGAUCUUCACUCUGUACAGUAAGUCCCUCCCUCUGGACGUGGCUUGUCGGGUUUGGGACGUCUUCUGUCGGGACGGGGAGGAGAGCUUGUUUCGGACGGGACUGGGAAUCCUACGUCUGUUCGAGGACGUCCUGCUGCAGAUGGACUUCAUCCACAUCGCCCAGUUCCUUACCCGCCUGCCGGAGGACCUGCAGUCGCACACUCUCUUCAACGCCAUGGCCAACACUCACAUGAUCAGCAGGAACCGCCGCUGGGCUCAGGUGUUUUCUGCAUUGAUGAAGGAUGGAAAUAAAGACAUGGAGAAAAACACCAGCCCGGCUUUGAGGAGCUAACACUAGCUAUCCCUGACGCUAACUCCAGCUGUCUUCAAACUAACCUAAAGGACAGCUGUGAAGGCUGACGCUCGUGCUAGCUCAUCCCGUCAGCACUGAUGCUAACAACCGAGGCUAGCUGUGAAGCUUGAAGCUGCGUAGCCUGAAGCUAAACUCACUCCAGAGGCUUACCUACGAAGCUUGAAGUGAAGACAAGCCGGCCGUGGAGGUGGGAGCUGAUGUCGGAGCUUCAAAUAGAGAUUUUAAAGUUGAGCCUUCAAGUCCGGUCGGGGUAAGGAAGAAGCGGCUCCAGCGUUUCCUGAAACAUGUCAGGACCAGAGCCAAAGUGGUUGGUUAAUCCUAAUCGUCAGUAUUUCACCAGACAGAUUAUGUUUCGGAGAAGCGAGUGGGUGUUAAAGCAGCGGUGUCACUCUUUUACCAGCCUGCUAAAGCUGGGAAACUCCAACUGACUGUUAGAUAGAUAGUUAUUUCCUCUGCCGGCUGGGACUCAGCCUGACUCAGUCCUGCUGGGACAAAAACACCACUAACACCGAGCAUCACGCCCUGUGUAAUUCUCAAAGACUCCAAUUCUAAGUGUCGGUGCUAAUGAUUUUCUAAAGGCUUCAGAAAUGACCUCUGUGGUUUAAUUAUUAAUGUGGGUCCUUGUGGUUUUGAUUUCACAAAUAUUCUUAAUUUGCUGCUUUUUUUUUUUUUUUUUAACUUGAACUGGCCGUCUGGAUCUAAAAAUGAUGGGUAUCUGCACCAGCAAGGCUGAUGCUAAUGCUAAUAUACUGGUGGUAGCUGUUAGUUUAAGCUUCAACCUCACAGUUUUUAAAAGUCUUCAUUGAGGGACAGAAAAAUAUGGCAGGUUCAAGUGGAACUUAAUGAAAAAUUCCAGUAUUUUUAAACCUUUUACGCCCUAAUUUCUCACCUUUUUAGGUCUAAAUGAUUGAUAGGGCCCAAUACUGAGUGAGAAUGCUUUAGCAGACCACGUGAAAUGGUUGCAAUGUAAUCUGACAGGGCAAUGUCUGUAUCAAAGUAAAAGUGCUGGCUCAGACUGUUACUAGAAGCGUUAGACGAUGUUAUAGAUCCGUUUACUACAGAGAGAGAUGGUUGUUUAACACGCAACAGAAGUUUUGUUUAUUGCAGGAAGACAGCAGCAUAAACGUGAACAAAAGUAAAGCUCGAUUUAUGUGUUGAAUCUAUCUAGAGCAUUUAAACUUGUACACUGGUUGUGAUGCUCCAUGAGGUACAACACUAGUUAGGAAUGGGGUUUCUAUCACACUGUUGAGUUUCUUGGUAUAUUUCAGUUGGAUUUGCAACACAAAAUAGAAAUCAGAAUAGACUGCUACAAAAACAAAAAGUUGGGGUAUGACUAUACUGGCAUGAUACUGGGGCUUGUGUUUGUUCGUAAGAAAACCAGAUACAGUUACAGCCUGUUAUAGAUUGUGUUUACAAACCGGUAACCAAACACCGUUGAGGCUACAUUGGAGAUUCAACACAAAUGUAUAAAUCAAACUUUAAGGCCAAUUCAUGGUUCUGUUUGGGCUACAAUAGGUACGCAGUAGUCUUCAAACAGAAAACCACACAUGGCUUUCGUGGACAUUUGUAUUAAUGGUGUUUCUGGCUUUUACAGUGUAUAACAGCUGGGUACAGAUCAGGCUGUUGCACUGUGUCAGUGAGAUUAGACCUUAGGUAUGUCGAGCUCAGGAUACCUGGAGAUUUUAGAACUUUCCGUUGUGUUUGGGUGCUACUGAUGACUGGGAAUCUCCUUGUACAGUCUCUCUUUAUAUCAAGCAUUUGUUUUAAGCAUCGUUUGCUCUCCUGCCACGUGUGCUUUCGUCAGACUUUCGGACAUUGGUGGUUGAUAAAACUUCUGUCACAUGUUCCUUUGUUGACAUGGAAUUGGUUGUUAGAAAGGGUUGUACAGGCGAGUGGAGUAGAGUUACAGAUUUAGGGUACUGUUCUCUGAAGGAAAUAAUGACUUGUGUUUAUGCGUUUGCCAACAAACUUGGGCACAACACUCUUGGAAGCUUUCACAGGCUAACUUUGGACCACAAGGACUGAAGGUGUGGCUAGUUGUGCUUCAAAUAGUUGAAGACACCACUGUCUAUUUGACCAGUAUAACCACUGCCAGUCCAACAGGUGAAGAAAAGCGACACUGAGGCACUUUUUGCGUUAAAAAAAACCCCAAAAAAACCAAAAAAAGGCUGGUGAUAACGUUGGGAUCAUCAGUAUCAGCACAAUGAUGGCAAAAACAAGCAUUUCUACUCUGAUGCAGCUGUUCUAGCAUUCUCGCUCAGUAAUGGGUCGAUUACAAAUAUUUUUUUGACAAGGGGUCCUCGACUUACAUCAAAGUUCCAUUCCUAUGACCCACCGUAAGUCGAUUUUUGCCGUAAGUUGGAACUCCAACAAAUGUAAACAAAGCCGUUACGUGCAUCACGAUAUCGAUCAGUUUUUCGGGAAAGUCAUGAAUACAAAUGACUUUCCUUUUCUUUGAAACACUGCCAUCGGAAGAGUCUGACUUAUGCUUGGGAGUCAUAAUGAAGGGCAAAAAGUUAGAGAACGUAGCACAAUCCAAGGUGGCAUACAACCGGCAAAUGUAAACAAAGCUGUCUGAUAGCACCGCAUGACGACGUAUUCAUCCGCUCUGCUCACCAACUAGUUCCACAUAACCAGUUCUGACAUAACGACGAAAUGCCGUAGGUCGAGGACGUCGUAAACUGAGGACCUCCUGUAUUCAUCAUUUAGAAAAUAGGGUGCUGGUUUAAAAACACCAGAAUUAUCUGUCAUUUUAUAGAAAAUGACACUUUUGUAAUGAUUACAAAGGAAUGAAAUGAGAGACAUCUCAUCAGUGAGCCUGACUAUUUAGUGAUUUUUAUGUUUUUACAGGAACUUAAUUAGUCCACGGUCCACUGGACUCCGAGUGUUUUUCUACAGGUGUUAAAUAAUUCUCAGUGUAAUCCUAAGGGCCGAAUAUUAGCGAUAGUCACUGCUGGUGUUUGAGCAGACACAGUGAGCCGACAGUAAAUGAACACGUGUGUUUGUACUGUUAAUGUAGGCGCGUGGGGCCAUCGCAGCUUUCAGUCAGUGUUUCUAGGAUCCAGAUUUACUCUCAGAGCACUUUAUAUACGCAGCACUGAAGCUACAUCGUGAACACUGGCUUUCAGAGGCGCAAAACACUCGUUAAACUACACAGAGAGAGCUCAGACUACGUUAACAGGGCAUUAAGUGACUCAUAUUUCCUGUGUCAGUGCUUAGAAGGAGUUCAACUACACAUCCUGGUUUAGGCAAGAAGCAACAUACUGAGUAAAAAGACGGCCUUGGCAUUUAGCUUGUAGUAGUUUGGGCUUGAGAAUAAGGCUUUAUAGUCUCUGCGUCAGAUUAUUUGUGGCUCGAUGCAUCAUCUAUUAAAGUGCAAGUAGAAACUGCAAUAUUAACUCUAAAAAUCGCCUGCGUACAUGUAAUAGUCUUUUCAUACACCAGAGGGGAAACCAGAGCUCGUAUACUUGAUUUUAAACAGCAAACAUGUUCACAAACUCAAUGGUUGGAGGAUUAAAAAAGGGGGCAGAUGAGGACCAAGUCAUCCUGGUUGCUACGAGGAAACUGUGACGAGAAUCAACAGAAAACUAAUCAAAAACUGUUUUCCAGCAUCUUAAAUGUGACCAUUUGCAGCUUUUCUUCAUCUUGUGUUAUUCUAAAUUAAUUAUCGGACUGCUGGUUGGACGAAAUAAGACACAUCCAGAUGUCUCCUGUUUUGGGGAUUUCUUAAUUUUUUUUUUUUUUACAUUUUUCUGAUAUUUUCAAGAUGAAACAGUUACGGCUCAAACCAGCAGUUAACACCGUCAUCAGUUAAUCUGCUUAAUACUUUCUCAGAUAACCGUUUGGUUCAAAAACAUGUCUUCAAAAUAGGGCUGCAGCAAGUAAUAGAUCAUCAAGGUGGUGAUGGAUAUUUUUCUCUAUUUUCAAAUAUUUUACAGACUAGCGAGACAAUAAUAGGCGGAUUAAUCAGUUAAAGCAAUUGUUAGAGCUGCAUGAUUAUGCCUAAAAUGAUCACUAUUGAAAUUACAGUUAUUUGUCAUGAAUAUUCUUUAAUUUUAAAGUCAAUAUUUUUAUUGCACUUUUAUAUUUAAACAGAGCACUGCUUUAUUUCCAUGUCGUGCUACAUUCCUGCAUCAAAAUUCAAUUCAAUUAAAUUUUAUUUAUAUAGUGCCAAUUGCAGUCAAAUUGUCUCAAGACGCUUUACAGAACCCAUUUGCCUGAAUCCCCAGAGCAGCUCUAAGGAGAUAGUGGCAGGAAAACACCCUUUGAACCGGGAAGAAACCUUGAGCAGAACCUGGCUCUUUAAAUAAGACCUAAAAUAAUCGUCACUUGAAUUAAGAGCAUCUCCAAGACUCUGUUUUUUAAACAGAAAUACAGCUUCACUUGCUGAGCAUCUGCAAUUUACAGAUGUUCCCUGAACACCUCAUUUUUAGUAGCUGCUACUAGUCCUCUGUGCACAGAGAAGCUUCUAGCCUCCAACUCAGACAGCCGUGAGACCAAGAAUUACUUUAAAUCUGACAUCAGAACUCAUUGUUUUCUGCUUUUUAAACCAAGUAAUUUCAUCUGCAUGGGCUACAUUCCAUUCCCCUUGUGGAGCUUUUUAAACGUCAGCGUAAACAACGGUCUUUUAACCCUCCUGUUGUCCUCAUUUUAAGGGACCAAAAAAUAUUGUUUCUUUGUCUGUAAAAAAUCCCAAAAUUCAGCAAAAAAAUCCCCAAAUUUCUGAAAAUUUGCAAAACCUUCAGGAGGAAAAUUCCAAUAAUUCCUUAAAAGUUUUUUUUUUUUUUUUUUAAAUCCCCCAAAUUUGGCAAGAAAAUUCUUGUAACUAUUUUCAAAAAUUGAGUAAAAAUCUUCCAAAAAAUCCUGAAAAUAUCUAAAGUGAUUCCAUUUAUAUCACUAACACUUGUAAUAUUUUCUUUAAGAAUAUUCACAAAAAAAUCAACCAAAAUCCAGUGAAAUUCGCUGGAUUUUGGUUGAUUAUUUUUGUGAAUGUUCUUAAGAAACAUUUUUAACAUUUCUUUUUUUUCCACCAAAAAAUGUUCAAAGAUUUCCCAAAAAUGUUGAAAAUGUGGACAUCAGAAGUUUCACUGUGAAAAUAUGUUUUUUUUCACAUUUUCGAACUUUAAAACGGGUCAAUUUUGACCCGCAGGACGACACGAAGGUUAAAUGUAGGAAGCUGAAAUCAUGAUUAACAUUCGAUUCAUUGUGGAGACGUAGUUGCUUCAAAUGACUUAUUUUGUCGAAUCAACAGUGCAACAAACGUCUAAUAUUAGAUUUUUUUCGUUUUUGUUAAAUAUAAUCAACCAAUUAUGAAAAUAACUGCAGAUUGUCUUUUGAGAUGAACUAGUUGAUGAAAUAUGACAAUAAUCCAUAAAACUAUGAUCACAUGCAGGAUUCUCCAUUGUGCACACUAAUGCUGCGGUUAAAAUCAAGUAUAGAAGCGCUCUGAACGUUUUCUGAGUGAUUCUGUGUAUGAACUUCUUAAAUCUGGAUUAAACCCUCGCUGCUCCGUCAGGCCUCGCGGCUUGUUGAAGUGCUUUACUUCACCUCCGUCACUUUGUGUUCGACACUCCUUUGGUUUACGCACACUAUCGUUGUGACAUUCACCUCCAUCUCAUCCCUACACAACCACCCACCGACCCACACUACUGACGACCAACACGUCCUACUUACCCACCAGCAAAGGAAGCAGUCCUUAAAGAUGUGGACCAAGCUGCCACUCUGUUUCCACAGUGUUGUUAAAGCAGAAAACUCACCGGAGACGACGAGGAACCUGCAGAAUAGUAAACAGGACAUUAAAAUGUUGCUUUUUUUCUUUCUUUCUAACAAACUGUAAAGCAAAACUUUAUCUGAGACAGUGAAAGGCAACAAGACUCCAACUGGAAACUUGAUUUAAUUGGAGAAGAUAAAUUUCUCUCCUUUUUUGCGUCUUUUCUGGUGAGUUUAUCUGCACUGCUCCAGUAUGUAUUGCACCGAUUACUCCAUUAAUGAGGGUUUGUUGUUUUAUAUCCACCAACCACAAGUCAGUGUCUAAGCUGAUUAUCCAGGAGGUAUUGGUGUUGUUUUGGGACGUUGUGUUCAUCAAAUCACUCAAACAAGCAGUUUAGAUUCAGUGGAGUUGUUUUUUUGAAGGUAAACAUGUGAAGUCCUGUCCACAUGUACACAGGUAAUAUUUGAAAUAUAGAUUAUUUUCAGUUUUUGGGCUUUUGUUCACAUACAAACAUUUUUAGGUCACCAUAAACCAUUGGAAAGGGUGAAGAAGUUUAGGAUGGAGUUAGGAUGUGCUGGUGCUAGCGUUGCUAACAGGACUUUUUGUUUACAUCGACGUGUGCAGUUACUCUACAUCAGAAUCAGUCUACGCUUUUAAUUCCCCUCUUCCUUGAUGCAGCAUUAGGCGUCUUUCCACUGCAGGAACUUGGAGCAGGUGCCAAAUGGCGCAAAAAUGGCACCAUAAUCGACCCUUUUAGCCAGUAAAUUUCCAUCGCGAUGUAUGAUCUGAAAGCUUCACCUGCAAUGUCAACUCUGACAGUGAAAAACAGCAGCUACUGGAUGCCAGCAUAUAUAGCAUCUACACUACUGUUUAAAAGUUUGGUUUCACUUAGAAAUAUCCUUAUUUUGAAAGAAAAGCAUUUUUUUUCAAUGAAGAUAACAUUAAAUGCAUGAUAAAUCCAGUGUAGACAUUGUUAAUGUGGUAAAUGACUAUUCUAGCUGCAAACAACUGAUUUUUAAUGGAAUAUCUCUAUAGAGGUACAGAGGAACAUUUCCAGCAACCAUCACUCCUGUGUUCUAAUGCUGCAUUGUGUUAGCUUUUUAGAUUGUUUUUUUUUUUUUAGAUUUUCACUUUAAGCCCUGCAAGUGUGGCUGCAGUAACAAGCUUGCUGUGCCCGACUAACAAUACGUCUGUGGUUUGGAAUUAUUUCCAAGUACACAGAUGUCGGUAUCGGUUGAUUUCAGAAUCGGAAAUUGAGACUUGGACAAUAUCGGCAUAUCGGUUUUUGGCAAAAAAGCCAAUAUCGGCCAGCCCUAGUUAAAUGGUUCAGUAAAAUUGAGUUAAUGCUGGUUAGUUACUUCAGAUCUACAAGAUUAAGGAGUCUUUGCUUCAAGGUCCAAAUAUCUACAAGGCAAAUGUGUCACAUGGUGAUAUACACUACUGUUCAAAAGUUCAGGGUCACUUACAAAUGUCCUUAUUUUUGAAAGAAAAGCAUUUUUUUCAAUGACGAUAACAUUAAAUGAAUGAUAAAUCCAGUGUAGACAUUGUUAAUGUGGUAAAUGACUAUUCUAGCUGGAAACAGCUGAUUUUUAAUGGAAUAUCUACAUAGAGGUACAGAGGAACAUUUCCAGCAACCAUCACUCCUGUGUUCUAAUGCUACAUUGUGUUAGCUAAUGGUGUUGAAAGGCUCAUUGAUGAUUAGAAAACCCUUGUGCAGUUAUGUUAGCACAUGGAUGAAAGUGGGAGUUUUCAUGGAAAACAUGGAAUUGUCUGGAUGAGCCCAAACUUUUGAAUGGUAGCGUUCAGCAAACUGUACAUCUCUGAUGCUAAUAUUAGAGAUGAGAAGGCUGCUACCAAGCAAGAACAUCGAAAGGAUGCAAAAACAGGGCUUAUUUUCUUCUACAAGUUUAACCAAUCAGUGUUUAGAUUCACACAGGUCUAGUCUGAAGUAUGUACCACCAGAGUUGGAGCUUGUUUUCUCCCCAAAAUUGGCCUUUAAUAAAGUUCUAGGGGGGCAGUUCUUGCACAAAGGUUUGCAAGUUCCUUCAGUGGAAACCAUCACCUACCAGAACCAGUAGAACUUUAUUUCCAGGCUUCUGAUUGGUUUAACGGGUUCAAUCACCACCUGUUGGUUUGGCUCUCAACAAGUGGACAGAGCUGUUUCUUUCUCUUUUUGGAGAACAUAUGAGGAAGAACCUUGUUUUAAAGAACACCCGUGUACAUGUGGACUAAUGUUCUCGUUUAUUUGGGAAGCUAACUGAGGAAGUUUGGUGAAUAAAACUUGAACAAAGUGUUUAUUUAGCACUCCACUGGAAAUUAAGUCAACUUAAUCUGUCAUGUCCUUGUCUCUACUAAAGAAUGUCAGCAAAAAGUUACAAAAAGCACUUAAAACUGUGUCAUCAGCAUAAAAAUUUGUUAAACACCUCCAGUGAAUCUGACACAUGACUGUUUGGUUUUUAAUGAAUCACAGCAGCCAAGUUUUCUUUUUUUAAAAUGAGCACUUUGUGAA